AUGAAUUCACAUUUGUAAAUAAAGAGAGAAUAAUUUAUGGUUCAGAUUAGAAAGUAGGCUAGAGAAGAGAUAUUUUCUAAGAAAAGACAAUCAAACAUUAUUCAAAAUGAAGAAUUGUUGUAAAAAUGCAAUCCUGAUGAGAUAAUUAAUUUUAUAUAUCAGACUAAUUUAGAGUAAGAUUUUAAAAAUUUGGCUAAAUUGUUAAAAUAAUACAAUAUGAAUUAUUUAAAAUUGUUGGAAGAAUAAGAUUUAAAUGAUUUGUUUAUUUUGAAUUAAUUUAUUACUCAUUUUAGUACUAAUAUGAAUGGAUUAAAAUUAUUCUUUGAUAUAAUUCAAAUGAAUGAUAUUCCAUUAGAAUUCAAUUUAACAUCAGAUAGGUUGAUGUGUAUAAAUUAAGUAUUGGUAAUAUUGAUUAAUUUUACAUAUUUGGAUAGAAAGGAUAUAAUUGAGAAUUUAUUGUAAAAUGAUUUGAUCAAUAUCCUAUUGAAGAAUUUAUUGAGUAGAAUGAUAUAAACUGACAAGAUUCAGAUUAAUUUUGAUAGAUGGUGUGAGAUUCUUGAAAGCGUAAUCAAUCUAUACUAUGAAUUUUUCAGAUUUGUCUUAUUUUGAUAAACAUCUAAUUUGAAUUGGAUAAUCGAAAUGUUUUGUUAUUUAGAGAAGAAAUACUUAGAUCACAAUUAUUUAGAAUUUGGUCAAAAAUAUAUCCAAAAAAUCCAAUAGCAAAAUAAUGGAAAGCCAUUCUAUUAUUGGAAUGUAAAUUAUUUGAAUCUAAUGAAAUUGAUUUAACAAACAUUCCUCAUUAUAAUGUAUAUAAUUUAAUUCAUAUUAAGUUUAAUUGCAUAAUCUCAUAAUGCACAUAUCUAAUAGAUAAAGUUUAAAUGGAUGAUGAUAAUAUUUAUAAAAGAGUUUUAGAGAUAUUGUAAAAAUUAUCUGGAUUUAAAGUCACUUCUGCUUUAACCUUGACUUUAAGUAAAUUUGUUUGGGAGAAGAUUCUUAAAUUGAAUUUAUUUCCAAAUAAAAUCUAUUCAAUUUUCACCAAUUUCCUUAAUGAAAAAGAUGAUGAUCAUUACAUUCUUCAAUAUUUGAUUGACAUUGGUUUAAUUGAAUCUAUGAUCAAUAGAUUAUCAAAUCUUGGAGAUGUAUCACUAAUUGAAAUAAUCUAUAAAUGUUUUAAUAACAUUAUUUACUAUCCUCAUGCUUAUAUUGUUGAAAAAGCAAUCUUAAUUUUCGUGCCAUUCCUACAUAAUUACUUUAAUCAAUCUUAACUUCUUAAAUAAGAAAUUUGUAUAGAAUACUUAUAUCUAUUAUAAAAUCUAAUAAUUCAUCAACAAUUAUCAGAUUAUUAUUUGAAUGAGAUAUUCAUCAAUCUUGAUUGUUUAAAAUAUAUUAGUGAGAUGUAAUUUGUUAUCAUAUUUUAAUAUAGGUUACUCAUGUGUACAUACUUAACUAAAUAAAUAGCUGAAUUAUUUAUUAAUUUUCAAAGAUUGCCAGAAUAAUUUAAAUUAAUUAUAUUAUAGAAAGUGGAUAAUUAUGAUUUUGUGGAAAUUCUAAAUAAUCAAACAUCAAUAAGUAAGGAUGAUGGAUGUAUAAAUUUAAUAUUGAAUUUAAUAUAAUUAUGGGAGUAAAGUGAUUCUGAAAUAAAUAUUCCUUAAUUUUGA